AUGCCGGCCAAAUUAUCUGUCGCCGACGCACGCUUUAUGUGCAUCCAGUGCCGGAAGACCCUGAGCUUAACCAGACAACGACGAUUCGCAUCAACCAAUGCAUCAUCACCUCCUGAAGUCUUCGACAUUGUGACAGUUGGCGGCGGACCAGCUGGUCUCGCCCUCCUCGCCGCGUUAAAAUCAUCGCCCAUAACAUCUCAUCUGAAAACUGCCUUGAUCGAGACUCAAGAUCUCUCGAAACUCCGCCAAUGGAGUUUGCCCGAGGAUAAAUACUCGAAUCGUGCCAGUAGCCUGACACCCUCAUCAGUCUCCUUUCUCGAGAAGACAGGCGCGUGGCAACAUGUCGACCAAUCUCGCGUUCAAGCUUACGAUGAGAUGCAAGUCUGGGACGCCGCCAACGACGCCGCCAUUCAAUUCGACUGGACGGCCGAAACUAGCAAAUACAACGCCCCUCCCAGGACAGUGGCCAGUAUGACCGAGAAUGCCAAUCUCACAAGGGGCCUUCUUGGACGAAUCGCCCAGCUCGGUGCGGAAUCGUCGCUUUUCUGCAGCACGAGCGUCUCGUCCAUUACGAACGGGGAAGAUGACCCCAAUGGCCUCAACCUGUCCACCUGGCCGGUCCUUACGCUCGAAUCAAAAACGCCAUCCCUGUCUCUGUCACCAGAACAUCCGUCCACUAUAGCAGCUCGCCUCCUCGUCGGUGCUGACGGCUUCAACUCGCCCGUGCGCAGCUUCGCUGGCAUAGCAUCCCACGGCUGGGACUACCACCGGCACGGCGUAGUGGCUACGCUCACGGUUCAGCCCACAGACAACAACAGCUCCAAUGCAGAAGAUUUCGACCUCUUCUCCGAGGAACCCCUCGCGAACCGCGCAACCGCAUACCAACGCUUCCUCCCGGACCUGGGCGGGCCCAUUGCCAUCCUCCCUCUACCGAACAACCACGCCUCUCUCGUAUGGUCCACGACUCCGUCGAACGCGUCGUACUUGAAGUCCCUCCCGCCCGAAGCCCAGCUGGUAAUGAUCAACGCCGCCCUGAGACUGUCGCAGACGGACAUCAGGUACAUGUUCACCCUUCCCCCCUCGGACCCGGACCAACACGAGAACGAACUCCGCUGGCGUCUCCAGCAUACUCCACCGCCCGCGAUCUCUCGUCCUGCGCCCAUCAUCACUGCCGUUCAGGAGAACACGCUCGCAUCGUUCCCGCUGCGCCUUCGCCACGCCACGUCCCUCGCCGGUCCCCGCAUCGCACUGAUCGGGGACGCGGCUCACACCGUCCACCCACUCGCGGGCCAAGGCCUGAACCUCGGCCUCGGCGAUGCCGCCUCCCUGGCGAACACAGUCGCCUACGCCGUGGAACACGGAAUGGACAUUGGCGACGGGUUUGCCCUGGAGCGGUACAACGCAGAUAGAUUCGGCAAGGGCCUGGUUAUGGCCGGCGGCGUCGAUGCCUUGAACUGGAUGUAUCAGUUGGGAAGUGGUGGAGAAGGGGGCAUCUUGAGCAGGCUCGUCGGUCAGGCAAGGGGCCUGGGCAUGAAAGUCGUGGAUUCCGGCUUGGUGCCUGGGCUGAAGAGCUUGAUCAUGAAGCAGGCGAGUUAG